AUGAGUUGUUUGUUUUGCCGAAUAGUCAAGGGAGAGAUCCCAUCCUUCAAAUUGAUUGAGACUGCCAAGACCCUGGCCUUUCUUGACGUUGGCCCAUUGAACAAGGGACAUGCACUCGUCAUUCCAAAGGAGCAUGCAGAAAAGAUGCACGAGCUGAGUGACGCAAGUCUUGCAGACUUACUGCCAGUCGCCAAGAAGGUCGCACUUGCAGUCGGCUCAGAGAACUACAAUAUCCUCCAAAACAACGGUGCUGAAGCCCAUCAAGAAGUCGGCCAUGUCCACUUCCACAUCAUUCCAAAGAAGAGCAUCAAGGAUGAAAGUGAAGGGCUCGUCGUUGGAUGGCCUGCUACAAAGGGUGACAUGGGCGAGCUCAAGGCUUACGCGGAGGAGCUUAGGGCAAAGAUUGAGUGA